AAACAAAGGAAUAUUAAACUAGUUACAGCCUAAAACGCUUAAAAACGUUUAAAUGACAUUACAUUUGAAACGCACUCUAAUCAUAUUUGCCACUUUAAUGGUGAUCAUGCAAAUAACUAAAGGACAGGAUGAACCUCCAGCAGAAUCCGAAGAAGAAGAUGACUCUUCCUCAGAGGAAACUGUAGAAGAUUCGAAUGAGGCACGUAAAAGAAGACGUCGAUCUGUAGAGACUUCAGUAGAAGGAGCCGAUGUUAGUGAAGGAGAGCCUGCAGCUGCAGCACCAGCUUUUCCUGGCAUACCAGGUUUACCAGAACUACCCGCUUUGCCACCAAUACCAGGUCUACCAGAUCCCCAAACUAUAAUGCAAAUUGCCGAAAUUCUAACUAGUGUGGGACAACAAGUACUGCCCAUUUUGGUUUCAGGUAAUUCAGGUGUUUCUAAUUUAGUAACGAAUCGUGUAGAGCGUGAUAGGAAGUUUUUAAAAGAUUUCAAAACUGAAAUCGAUGUUUUGACAGAGACUUUAAAAAAGAAGAAGAAAUAAAUGAUGUUUAAACAAUGUAAAUUUGUUAUAUUUUCUGUAAUAAAUUUAUUAUAUUGCUUUUA